CUCCCCCCUACCCACCUAGGUAUCCCGGGCCGGUGUGCGGGUAUAUAUAGCUGGUCCCAGGCAGGUAGCGGCAUCCUCAGCUGAUCCUCACAACGACAACAUGAAGCUCACACUCUUCGUCUGCCUCGUCGCCCUGGCCGCCGCCGCCCCUGACAGAGACGCUCAGACCCUGACGGAUGAGCGUAGCGACCAAGGAGACGGAAACUUCCGCUACGAGUUUGAAACCAGCAACGGAAUCUACACCCAGAAGACAGGUACCCCAGGCUCCGAGGGCCAGAGCAACCACCAGGGCUCCUUCAGGUUCACCCUUGAGGACGGCACCAUCGCUGAGGUCACCUACAUCGCAGACGAGUACGGCUACCAGCCCUCGUCCGAUCUGCUGCCAGUGCCCCCCCCUGCCCCUCCCCAUGUCCAACGGUUGCUCGAAAUCGCUGCGGAACAACGAGCUCAAGGCAUCACCUUCGAUAAGAAAUAGGUUGAAUGUAGACCUAUUCCUCGACCUCUGUCCUUCAUCGACCUUUCUGUAUAUAGUGAACUCGUGACCGCAGUUUUGGGGUAUCCUCCAGCAAGCAUGCCAGACCUCUGGACACAAUCCAACGAUAUCACAGGCGUACAAUAAAUGUAAACUUUGCA